GCGCGCGUUCAUAUACAUGCCUUACUUAUCUCUUUUUUUGCUGAUUGUAAAUUCAGAUUUAAAACUAGAACACAACCCUGGCUCUUCUAUCUACAAAUGAAUCUGCUCCAAAUUUCACGGGUUUUGUGCCGAUUGAAGUUCCUUCGGCUGCAUCCAAGAUAAGAGCUCAUUUACACCAAGAUAAACUUUCUCCGAGGUUAAACUAAACAAUUAGUGAUUGAGGUCAAAUCAUGUGCCGAGCUUUAUAAUACACUGGUCAGUGCUGAGCUAGUCAUGGCGUCCCGAGGGUUGGACCACUGGUCGGAUAUUGUUGUGGUGAUAAUUUAUUUUGUUGGUGUACUGGGAGUAGGACUAUGGACCGUUUUCCGAGGGAACAGGGGAAGUGUCAACAGCUACUUUUUGGCGGGAAGAAGUCUGACGUGGUUUCCGGUGGGGGCCUCCUUAUUCUCGAGUAACAUCGGCAGCGAGCACUUUGUGGGUUUGGCGGGGACAGGUGCUGCUGCAGGAAUCGCCAUGAUAUCGUAUGAAUGGGCGAGUAUGCCUCUGGUGUUACUUUUAGCUUGGCUUUUCCUUCCGGUCUACAUCUCUGCAGGAGUAUACACUUUACCCGAAUACAUGGAGAAGAGAUUUGGCGGGCACCGGAUUCGGAUAUACCUCAGUGUUCUGGCUCUUAUACUCUAUAUCGUAACCAAACUGGCGGUGAGUAUAUUUGCUGGCGCUCUGUUUAUACAGCUGGCACUCGGGUGGAAUAUGUACGUCUCUAUCGUGGCUCUCCUAGUCACCACGGGUAUAUACACCAUACUCGGUGGACUGAAAGCAGUCAUCUACACGGAUACUCUACAAACAGUCGUUAUGACGCUGGGAUCGUUUGCUUUGGUCGGAAUCAGUUUUUAUAAAAUCGGUGGAUACAACAAUCUACAACAGAGAUACAUGGAGGCUAUACCAUCCAUCAGGAAUUCUAACAGUACCUGCGGAUUUCCCAGGAGCGAUGCUUUUCACAUCUUUCGAGACGCAGAAACGGGAGAUAACCCUUGGCCAGGACUUAUUCUACAAUCCAGCCUUGGGUGUCUCUGGUACUGGUGUUGUGAUCAGGUGAUAGUUCAGCGGUCUUUAGGUGCUAGGAAUUUGUCCCACGCUAAGGGUGCCUCUAUACUGGCGGGCUAUCUCAAACUGCUGCCACUCUUUAUGAUGAUCUUUCCAGGGAUGAUCAGUAGAGCCUUAUUUCCAGAUGAAGUAGCCUGUGUUGAUCCAGAAGAAUGCAAGAAAUUUUGUGACAAUCCAGUAGGCUGCUCCAACAUCGCCUACCCUAAAUUGGUUCUAGAGCUACUUCCCUAUGGUGUCCGUGGUUUGUUAAUGGCGGUGAUGCUGUCAGCUAUCAUGAGUUCGCUGACCUCAAUUUUUAACAGUUCUAGCACAAUCUUUACAAUGGACCUCUGGAGACGCAUGCGCCCACAUGCCCAUGAACGAGAAUUACUCAUUGUUGGAAGGAUUUUCAUCGUGUUUCUUUGUGGUGUAAGUAUUCUCUGGAUCCCUCUCGUGCGAUCUUCUCAAGGGGGACAACUUUUUAAUUACAUCCAGGCCGUGCAGGGUUACCUGGGAACGCCGAUAGGGGCGCUCUUCUUCAUCGGUGUUAUGUGGAAAAGGAUGACGGAACACGGUGCAUUCUGGGGGAUAGCUAUUGGCCACACGUGCGGUAUCAUAAGGAUGGGUAUAGAUUUAGCGUAUCCCGCGCCCGACUGUGGAGAACCAGAGACCCGACCAGGUAUAUUACUGAAUGUUCACUACACCUACUUCGGAGCAUUGAUGAUCGUCAUUACUUCAACUGCCAUUAUUAUCAUAAGCCUUCUGACGACACCCCGCACCGAAGAACAAUUGAAAGGUGUUACAUGGUUUACAAGAAUACGAGUUGAAGAAUCCAGUAGGAAUGACGUGGAAAUGACGAAAUCCGAGGAAAAGAAAGAAUCUGAAGCUAUUGAGAACGUGAACAAAAACGAGGAAAAUCCGACAGAUGAUGCAAUUGAUGUCAUACACGACGCAAGUGAUGAUCGACCCUUGUGGAGACGUUGGGUGGAUCAGAUCUGUGGUAUGCCUACCAAAAGUCACAGCGAGGACGAUCCUCACAUUGGCCCGGAAAUGACGCGCAUGUAUCUAAAAGAAUCUCCAAAAUGGCGGACCGUCCUUAAUAUGAACGCUGCUGCAGGUCUCAUUCUGACUGCAUUUUUGUACGGGUUUUAUCAUUGAGUGUUUUUACGUAUUGAUGUGUAAAAACAAGCACAUAUCAGCAUACCAUCUAUCACUGUAUCUAAGAUAACUUGUAAUUUGUGCAAUACUGGAAUGUCCUAUAUUGAAGGAAAUUCAAAAUUAAUAGAAAUUAAUAAUGAUUCAAGCUCAUUUGAUAUGUAGGGUAGCUUUUGGUUAUUCUGAAUUUGUUUUUAUGUACUUGUGCAUGGACGCUUUACAAUUAUAAUUACAUGUUUUAGAUAUCCAUUACUGGUACUUUGCUGUAUCUAAAGAUUUAUAAAUAGCAUAAAUCAAGAGUUCAUACAACA